AUGACUGCCAUCCGGCUGCGAGAAUUUACUGAGCAUCGCCGGGUUAUUCCACCCAGCAUAUUCAUUGCUCAUCAAGGAAAGGACCUCCAAGGCUAUUAUCCCGGACAAAUGGCAAGAUUACAUUUUGAUAACAGUGCAAAGAGGUCUUCCAGACCUCUCAUAGACUUGGCAAUUCCACCCAAGGGAAAAAGUCACUACCAACCUCCAUUAGACCAACAAACUCUCAUUCGAUACAUGUGUUUUCGAAGACAUUCAAAGCCUCCUGAACCAUGGUAUAAAGAAACCACUUACCAAAGAGACUAUUCUCUGCCAUUUUACAAGAUAGAUUAUGACCAGAAAUUAGGCACGGUAUCAUCAAAUCCCAGACCUCUGAAUUCACUGCCAGAGCUCUACUGUUGA